AUGGAUUAUUUAAAACAAUAACAUAAGAAUUAUGAGAUUAGCAUAACAAGCUGUAAUUUUUUAAUAUAAAUAAAAAGUUAAACAAUAAGUGGAAGAAUACUUACAUCCUGUUAAAAAAAAGAGAAAGCAUUAUAUUAAUAAAUUCAAUACAGAAUUGUAGAUAGAAAACCCAUAAACAAAAUAAGAGGAUAAAUAAACAAUAUAACAAAUUUCUGUAUAAAAAUUAUAGAGAAAAAAGUUCUUAAAAAAAUUAGACAUUUAUCUUGAGUUUUUUGAUAACAUCAAAGUAAUAAUAAGAUAAUAUAUAGGAAUCUGAACAAUAGUUUGGUUAAUAAUUAAAUGAUUUAGAUAGUAAAUUAAUAGCAGAAAAUGAAAUUACUAACGUUGAUAAAUAUUCAGAAGAAUCCAAUGAAAUAAUUUAAUAAUUAACUGGUGUAUAAUUGAAUUCUAAAUUAUUCUUAUAUUUACCAUAUUGGAAAGAAUUUAAAAAAGUUUUAAAGUCAAUAAGUCAAUGUCAUAAUGAAGUUGGUGUUGAUAUCAAUAAAGUUAGUGUUUAAUUAGUUUAAUUAAGGAAAGGAUAUAUAAAAGAAGUGGAAGAUAUUAGAAAAUAAAGAAGAAAAUUAAAACAUUAAACAAUUGAAUGUUAUCAACAUUAUUAAAAGAUUUUGAAUGAAUUUAAUUAAAAUGAAAAAGAUUUAUAGACUUUUAAUUAGGCUCAUAAUGAAAUGAUAAAAAGAAAGGAUGAUCCUACAUAAAUAAUUAAAAGUGAAAUGAAAGUUAAAUUAUAAAAAUAAUAAUCUGAUAACAUAAGAUUAAAAUUAACAGAUUCAAGAGAUAGAAUCAAAGAAAAUUAAAUUGAAAUUAAUGAAUUUAAUUAAAAAAUGCAUGAGUUUUAAAUUAAUUAUGAAGAAUAAAGAGUUAUAUUUGUAAAAUAGGGUUUUCAAGCAUUUUUAAUAACAUCUGAGAAUUAUGCUAUGUAAUUUUAAACUUAGAUCUCUUCUUUAAUUGUUAUUGUAGAUGAAGAUUAUUGUAAUAUUAUUUAAUUUAUUAAAUAGAUUAAAUAUAUCCAUCAAAAUAACAUAGAAUUUCAAAAUCACCUUAAAAAGAAGUUUAAGAAAUUUAAUAAUUAAAUUAAACUAAUGAACUUGAUAUUAAUCAAUAGAUAAAAGAAUCUUAAAGGUAAACUACAUAUUUACUCUAAUAAUGGCAACUAGUAUAAAAGUAUAAUGAAGAAUUAGAAUAUUUCUUUAGAGAUACAAUCUAAAUUUUUACUUAAAAAUCAGUAGAUAAAGAUUUUACACUUGUGAAAUAGUAAGUAGAAUAAGAAAAAAUAGAGGUGGCUAAUAUUUUUAAUAUUCUAUUUUAAAGUUUAUUAAGUGUAAUUUAAAUAAUUAAAGAUUAAAAUAAAUUAAUGGUUGAUUAAAUAGAAAGAAAAAGAUAAGAAAUAGCUAAAUGUAGAUUAGAUAUGUCGAUUGGUAAAGAAUUAGAAAUAUGUGCUUUAAGAGAUUUAAAAAAAUUAUAAAGUUUAAGUACUGAUGAAAAAGCAUUAGAAUAAUAUUCAAAUGAUUAAGUAGAUAAAUCAAAAACAAAGAAAGCUGCAUAACAUUUUUUUAAUGAAAUAAAAUAAAAUAUGCAAGAUGUAAAAUCUUUGAAUUUUGGUAAAUUUUAUGCAACAAUUGGUUAGACUGUAUCAAAAGUUUAAAAAAUGAGUAAUUUAAAAGAAGAUGAUCUAAAGGAAUAGUAGAUUAAAUUAAUAGAGGAUAAAAAGGCUUUAAUUUCUUUAUAAGGGUUUACUUUAAAGAAAAUGGAAGAUAUAUUGAAUAGACAUAGUAAAUUAGUAGCAAAAAUGAAAAAAACAUUAAUAGAAGAUUUUGGAAGAUUUGCAAUAUAAAUUUUUACACAUUUAAGAAUGAUUGUUGAUGAAACAACUGAAAAUAUUUAGAUAAUUUAAUAAAGAGAAAACUUAUAAGAAUAAAUUGCAGAAUAAGUUAUUUAAAAUGAAAAAGAAGAACUUAUAUGUUAAAGUGAAGAUAUAAUAGAAGAUUUAAAUGUGAAUACUACAACUUAAUUGGUUUAGAAACUACUAAGAGUAUUGGUAAAUGAUUGGAAAGAAAGUGAAUAUUUUAAGGGGAAAAUAAUGAAAAUUUUACAUAAAACUUUUAAUAAAAAAAGAGCAACGAUAUUAUCAGAAAUAACGGUGAAAGAAUUAAAAAUUGUUGGAGAUCCACCAUCUUUAUCUGAAAUAUAAGCAUUAAGAUAAGAUGUUAAUGAGGUAUAUAUAUUAAUUAAGAUCUAAGUUUUUAUGUGAUAUGGAUUUAUCUUUUAGAGGUAAAAUCUAAAUUGUCUUAAAUACAAAUAUUAUUAUAAAUUGGCCUAAAGAAUAUUAUGUACCAGUUGAAAUUAAAAUUACUAUCUCUACUUUUACAAGUAGAAUUAGAUUAUGUUUUGUACCAACAUUUCUAGGAAAAAGUUGGUAAUAACUUUAUUUUUUAUAUUAUAUAGGCUUUCCAUGAUAGGAUAACCUGUUAUUAAUUUAGAUAUUGAACCAACAUUCUUGUAAAAAUACAAUAUUGCUAAAAUUUAAUAAAUAGCUGAUUUAAUUAGAGAAUUUUUAAUUGCUAAAGUAAAACUUAUGACUUAUCCUAAUAAAUUAACUAUCAAAAUACCUUUAAGUAAGAAAUGA